UCAAACGAGUUCAGUGCAGUGCGAUCAUCGAUGCCUCUAAUAUCCACCGUAUCUAGUGUGUUGACCGGUUCUUUGUGACAAAAUCAAAUCGAAAGCUCUUCUUCUCGUUGUCUUCGCUUUUAGUAUUUUCUUAAGUCUUGAAGAAGUAACACAAGCAACAAAUCGAACGGCACGACAAACCUUGCUCGAAUUCGAUUUUGGCAUCUCGAGUGAAAUCGCUCACAAAGCACUUGGACCUAUUGCCGUCUUUAGAGCGGCUUGAAAAUAUGUGGCAAUUCACCUUUCUUGAAAUUGUCAUAAGCUGUGUGACCAUUCUGACACUUUUAUACUACUACAGUAUCACGAAACACUCCUAUUGGACGGGGAAGAAUGUGGAAGGCCCAAAGCCACUGCCGAUAUACGGUAAUUUCUUGGACGUUGCCCUUAUGAAGACAUCGCUUGCCGAAAAGCUUCGCGAUUUCUACCAAGUUUGGAAGCACAAACCGUUCAUCGGAUUGUUCCACGGAACAGUCCCGGUUGUGAUGAUUAGUGAUCUCACGCUGUUGAAGCACGUCUUCGUAAAGGAUUUCACAACGUUCACCGACCGAGGACUUCUCGUUAACGAGGAUGUUGACCCCUUGUCCAACAACUUGUUCAGUACCGGGGGUCAUCGGUGGCGAAGGCUCAGAAGCAAGCUGUCGCCAGUCUUCACAUCCGGGAAACUCAAGCAGAUGUACCAUCUUCUGUCCGAAUGCGCGGAUCACUUUGAAAAGUACGUCAUUGACCUUGCCGCCAAGGGCGAUCCAAUCGAGUGUAAAGAGAUCACAGCCAAGUUCACCACCGACGUUAUCGGUUCCUGCGCCUUCGGACUCAACAUGAACGCUCUAACCAGCGAGAAUAGCGAGUUUAGAAAGAUGGGGAAGAAGGUUUUUGAUCCGUCAGUCAGAGACAGCGUAGUAAGAACAAUGAGGGACAGUCUGCCAGUCCUAUUCAAAUUCUUAAAGAUAAGAGUCUUUUCUCGCGAGAUGACCGAAUUCUUCGUCAACAGUACAGCAGAGACCAUUGCGUACAGAAUCAAACACGAUAUUGUUCGGCCCGACUUUAUCCACUUGUUGAUGGAACUUCAGAAAGAUUCGGAUCCAACUGACUUUGAAUGGACGGACGAACUGGUGGCUGCUCAAGUUUUCAUCUUCUUCUCGGCUGGAUUCGAGACUUCGGCCACAACAAUAUCUUUCGCUCUUUACGAACUAGCGCAGAAUGAAAGUAUUCAAGAAAAACUGCGUGAUGAAAUCCAAAGUGCUCUGAAAACUCACAACGGGAGUCUACCCUUCGAAGUGAUCAAGGAGCUGAAGUAUUUGGACAAAGUCUUUCAAGAAACAUUGAGAAAACAUCCGCCCCUUUCGUUUCUAUCGCGAAGAUCCGUCAAAGAUUACACGAUACCUGACACAACGGUCCAUAUUCCGAGUGGUACAAAAAUCUUUAUACCGAUUUUGGGUCUUCACCACGAUCCGCAGUAUUAUCCAGACCCUGAAGUGUUUGAUCCCGAACGAUUUGCGGCUGAAGCGGUUCAAAAAAGGCCUCAGAUGGCGUACUUGCCAUUUGGAGAAGGGCCGCGAUUCUGCAUUGGCGCCCGAUUUGCGGUUUACCAGACGAAGAUGGGUAUCAUUCAGAUACUAAAAAACUUCAAAGUGUCACUAUGUUCGAAGACGAAAGUUCCGUAUGAUAUUGAUCCGACAACUUUUGUGCUGUCCGCUCGUGAUGGUAUUUAUUUAAACUUUACGAACCUUUCAUGAAAUAUUUUUACUUGAAUAUCACUAACAAUAAGUCACAUGAUACUUAAUGAAUAAUAGAGUAACGAGCAAACAAUAAUAUCAGAGAAAAUAAAACUGGACUCGCACAAAGU